GUUGGCUUUCCCGUUGCUGUCUCGGCUGCAUACUUCGGCAGAUUGAGGAGGAAGAUAAUCUCUUGCGGACAUCUCUCGAUUGGCAAUGGCGCCAUGCUGUUGAGAAUUCGAAUGGGCUUGGACUGGACUGAGAGGACGUUCCACCACGGCAGAAACGCUAUCGGUGGAUUUUUGGCAAACCAGCAUUUUCCAGCACCACCAAUUUGCUGACAGUGGCUUUUUCAUUCCAAGAAUUCAGUUUUCGUGCGUAAGUCGCUGCAGAUUCAGAGAACAGGAGAGGAGACUGGGUUUGCACGUGCUUUCUGUUGAAGACAGGAAGUUCAAGAUAGAUUUUGUCCGGACAGCUUUGCGGAUUCAAAGCGUGUCCGGCACCAGACUGCUUUGACAAAGAUGAAUGACCACGAUAUACGAAAUGAAACUCGGAAUGAUGAUUCAGUCGGGGCCCAGAUUACCGCCAUGUUCUUCGAUUUUCUUGAUAACUUCACGCCGGAGAUUGGAGUAUCUUCCCAGCUCAGCCAGGAGUCUAGAAGAGGGAAGAUGUACUUUGACGAGGUUUCGCUCAUGCUGACGAAGGAGCUGACUACCCUCCGAGUUGAUUUCAGUCAUGUGAUGCAAUAUAACGAGGAUCUCCAAGUGGCCAUAUCCGAACAUUUUUUCCGUUUCGAGUCCUACUUGAGGGAAGCUGUGAGAAGAUUUGUAAGCCAAGCCAAGCGCGAACUGGAGAUACAGCCAGAUGAUGAGGACUCCAAGAAGGACUACUGGAUCGCCUUCCACAACAUGCCUCUUGUCAAGAAAUUGAGAGAUUUAAGCACCUCGGAGAUUGGAAGAUUGGUGUCGGUAAGUGGUGUUGUAACAAGAACGAGCGAAGUCAGACCGGAGUUGCUCUUUGGCUCCUUCAAGUGUUUGGACUGUGGGACUGUCGUCAACGUCGUCGAACAGCAAUUCAAGUACACACAGCCCAUCAUCUGCCCUAAUGCCACUUGCUCCAAUGCUGAGAGAUGGGCACUUCUUCGCCAAGAGAGCAAGUUUGGAGACUGGCAAAGAGUGCGGAUGCAAGAAAAUUCUGGAGAAAUACCAGCUGGUUCUCUUCCCCGCUCAUUGGACAUCAUUCUACGACAUGAAAUUGUGGAACAAGCACGAGCAGGGGAUAAAUGCAUUUUUGCCGGAACGGUUGUUGUGAUUCCUGACAUAGCUGCUAUGGCUUCUCCGGGAGAAAGAGCAGAAUCUCGAAAGAAAGGUGAAUCGAACCGAAGUGAUACAGGAACUAUGACCGAAGGCCUGAGGGGUAUGAAAGUUUUAGGAUCAAGAGAUCUCACCUACCGACUGGCUUUUCUUGCCAAUUCUGUCAAGCCUAUCGACAAGAAGCAUGGUAUCGAUAUUCGAGGAGGUGGUACUAAAGUCACUGGAGAAAGCACAGAAGAUGACAAUACUCUUGAGAUCACCCAAGAUGAACUCGAGGAGAUUGAAAGAAUGAAGAAUUUGCCACAAAUAUAUGAUCGUUUAGUCAACAGCGUUGCUCCAACUGUUUUUGGUCACCAAGAUAUAAAGCGAGCCAUUCUUCUAAUGCUUUUUGGAGGCGUGCACAAGAGCACACACGAGGGUAUCAAUCUUCGAGGAGACAUCAAUGUUUGCAUCGUUGGAGAUCCAAGUUGUGCAAAGUCACAGUUUCUCAAGUACGUAGCAGGUUUUCUUCCAAGAGCUGUUUACACGUCUGGGAAGUCUAGCUCUGCUGCUGGUUUAACUGCAAGUGUGGUCAAGGAGCCUGAAACUGGCGAGUUCUGUAUAGAGGCAGGGGCCCUGAUGCUUGCUGACAACGGAAUCUGCUGCAUAGACGAAUUCGACAAGAUGGACAUUAAGGACCAGGUUGCUAUUCACGAGGCCAUGGAGCAGCAGACGAUUAGCAUAACAAAAGCUGGAAUUCAGGCAACGUUGAAUGCGAGAACAUCCAUUCUAGCAGCUGCCAAUCCCUCUGGUGGUCGGUAUGACAAGUCAAAACCUUUGAAGUACAAUGUGGCACUACCACCCGCUAUACUGUCAAGGUUUGAUCUGGUUCAUAUCAUGAUCGAUGAACCUGAUGAAGUACUGGAUUUCAAUAUCGCACAACACAUUGUGGCUGUCCAUCAACGGCAAGAGGAGGCAAUAUCUCCAGAAUUUACGACCGCCCAACUCCAGCGCUAUAUUGCAGUUGCGCGGACAAAGAAACCGGAGUUAUCACCAGCUGCAAGAGAGGUUCUUGUAGACGCCUAUGUCGCGCUCAGACGUGGUGAUGUCAGCGCUGGAACUCAAGUAGCUUAUCGAAUAACAGUCAGGCAACUUGAAGCCCUCAUAAGACUGUCCGAGGCUAUCGCACGAGUUCACCUCGAAGAUUUUGUUCGUCCCCAUCAUGUGAAGGAGGCGAAGCGGCUUUUAAGCACUUCAAUAAUCAGUGUGGACACGCAUGAGAUAGACCUGGAUGAUCCGGGGGAUGAAGACCCAGCCCGAAACGACGACGAGCCUGGCGCUGCCCCAGAGGGUCUGGAACCAAAUGAUAACAUAGACUCACAAGUUCACGAAAAUGGCGGCGGACAUCAGGAAGCAGGCACAUCGGGCGGAGCAACAGAUGGAGCAGAAGAUGCCCAAGCCAAGAAAAUGAAAAUCACAUUUGAGCAAUUUCAAAAAGUAACAAGGGCUUUGGUCAUGCAUCUACGACAGAAAGAGGACAGCCAACCCGACGAUGCUCCUGCGGCUGGUAUGAGACAGGCUGAUUUGACCAAUUGGUAUGUGGGUGAGCUAAAUGAACAAGGAGCUUUCGAGUCCUUGAGUGACAUGGCCAACGAGUAUAGACAAGUUCGAGCUAUUAUACAACAUCUAAUAACGAAGGAAGGAGUUCUUAUUGUUCUGGACGAUGGCGUGGCCGCAGCUGAGAGUUUACAAAGAGCUGCAGACGAAGCAGCUGCAGCCCCACCAUCGGACGAUGCCCAGGGAGAAAGUAGUUCUAGAAAGAGACCACAAAUAUCAGCAGUGAACGAGCGCAUUUUAGCUGUGAAUCCGAACUACGUCCUGGAAUAACUGCCUGCUUAUUUGCAGCACGCUACUUGCUUACCAAGUAGAUGGAUGCUAUUUCUUUCCUUUGUUUAGCAACAAAUUCGCCACAGCCAUCUUCUGGCGACUGUAAAAUAUUUACUAUGAAGGACAUCAUCUAGGCUAACCAUUCCUAGCCUAGGCUACCGCAUCAAUUGUGGAACUUCAGUGGAAGGGGAGAGUAUAAUAUGUUCGGCUGUCAUAUGUGAUAUUUCCUUAGACGAAUAGCGAGGACAAGUAUAACUAGUCAUUUGGUGCCUUGAGGAAGGACAUUCGAAGGGUGUUAUUCGGUGCAGUUCGGAAGUGUGAGAUCCUUGUACGACUUUAUUUAGGAAUAGUGAAACAAAGGAAGCUGUAAGCAAAAUCUUCCGAUUAAUGUCCGCUUUCAAGACAGAUAUCAUGUGCAGAAGCGAAUGGAAGGAUAAUGCAUGACCCAUGACAAUGUAAAGUAACAACAAUCGCAAGCUUAUGACAG